AUGUCCCUCAUGCUGUUCGCCGACCGCCUCUACAUGGGCCUUGUCGUCGCCGUGCUCUGGCUCUACCGCCGAUGUCGCAACCGUAACCAAAGGAACAAGGGCGACGACGACAACCUGGAGAGUGAUGACGCAGACCGGCCCAUGGUCCUGGUCCAGAUCCCCAUGUUCAACGAGAAGCAGGUGUUCCGUCUUUCAAUCGGCGCGGCUUGCGGCCUGUGGUGGCCGGCCGAUAAGCUGGUGAUCCAGGUGUUGGACGACUCCACGAACGCCGGCAUCCGCUCCCUGGUGGAGGCCGAGUGCCGACGGUGGGCGGGCAAGGGGGUGCACAUCCGGUACGAGAACCGCAGCAACCGUAGCGGCUACAAGGCGGGCGCCAUGCGGGAUGGCCUCAAGAAGCAGUACGUGAAAGACUGCGAGUUCGUGGCCGUCUUCGACGCCGACUUCCAGCCCGACGCCGACUUCCUGCGCCACACAGUCCCCGUGCUCGAGGCGGACCCGGCGGUGGCACUGGUGCAGGCGCGGUGGCGGUUCGUGAACGCGGACGAGUGCAUCCUCACCCGCAUGCAGGAGAUGUCGCUGGACUACCACUUUUCGGUGGAGCAGGAGGUGGGGUCGGCCUUCCACGGCUUCUUCAGCUUCAACGGCACUGCCGGGGUGUGGCGGUUGCACGCCCUGGCCGACGCGGGGGGCUGGAAGGACCGCACCACCGUGGAGGAUAUGGACCUGGCCGUCAGGGCGUCCAUGCGGGGCUGGAGGUUCGUCUACGCCGGCGACGUGCAGGUGCGCAACGAGCUACCCAGCAGCUUCAAGGCGUAUCGGUACCAGCAGCACCGGUGGUCGUGUGGGCCGCCCAACCUCAUGCGCAAGAUGUUCUGGGAGAUCGUCGCCAACAAGCAGGUGUCGGCGUGGAAGAAGCUCCACGUGCUCUACGGCUUCUUCUUCGUCAGGAAGGUGGUGGCGCAUCUGGCGACGUUCCUCUUCUGCUGCGUUGUCAUCCCGGUCUACGUGCUCGUCGGCGGCCAGGAUGUGUGGCUCCCACAGUACGUGCCCAUGUAUGUGGCGGCCGUCCUCACCCUGCUCAACGCCGUGUGCACCCCGAGGUCGUGCCACCUGCUCGUCUUCUGGAUCCUCUUCGAGAAUGUCAUGUCCAUUCACCGCUGCAAGGCCACCAUCAUCGGGCUCCUCGAGGCCAGCCGCGCAAACGAGUGGGUCGUCACCGAGAAGCUCGGCGGCUCCACGACCUCCACUCCUGCUGCCGCCACCACGACCAUGGUGGCCAAGAAGAAGAAGAGUAGCAGCAGCUUCCUGGCGCCGGAGAUCGUCAUGGGGCUCUUCCUGCUCUACUGCGCUCUCUACGACAUUGUCUUCGGCCACGACCACUUCUAUGUCUACCUCCUCAUGCAGUCCGCCGCCGCCUUCGUCAUCGGAUUCGGCUACGUCGGCUCCCAAUGA